UCUACAUUCCCCCUGAACUCACCCACAACCCGCAUUUCCACUCCAGUCCAGAGUUGUAGUUUUUUUUUUUUGUUUGUUUGUUUUUUGGCUCAGAUCUCCUGCUGGAUUUUUUUGUUUUUUUCUUGCUCUUGGCUGUGUUUGGGACUGAACCAUGGAGUUGUCGGAUAUCUCUUUCCCCAUCCCAGCCGCUGAUGAUUUCUAUGACGACCCCUGCUUCAACACCAGUGACAUGCACUUCUUCGAGGACCUGGACCCGAGGCUGGUCCAUGUGGGCCUGCUGAAGCCGGACGACUCCUCCUCUUCCACCUCAUCCUCCCCUUCCUCCUCUUCCUCCUCCCCGUCAUCCCUCCUGCACCUCCAUCACCACGCGGAGGUGGAGGACGACGAGCAUGUGCGCGCCCCCAGCGGGCACCACCAGGCGGGCCGGUGCCUGCUGUGGGCCUGCAAGGCCUGCAAGAGGAAGACCACCAACGCGGACCGGAGGAAAGCGGCCACGCUGAGGGAGCGCCGGCGGCUCAGCAAGGUCAACGACGCCUUCGAGACCUUGAAGAGGUGCACGACGGCCAACCCCAACCAGCGGCUGCCCAAGGUGGAGAUCCUGCGCAACGCCAUCAGCUACAUAGAGUCCCUGCAGGCGCUGCUCCGCGGAGGCCAGGAGGACGGAUACUACCCGGUGUUGGAGCACUACAGCGGGGACUCCGACGCUUCCAGCCCCCGCUCCAACUGCUCCGACGGCAUGACGGAUUUUAACGGGCCGACCUGUCAGUCAACAAGAAGAGGAAGUUAUGACAACAGCUCUUAUUUCUCCGAGACUCCAAACGGUGGUCUGAAGAGUGAACGCAGCUCGGUGGUCUCCAGUCUGGACUGUCUGUCCAGCAUCGUAGAGCGAAUCUCCACCGACACCACCAGCCUGCUGCCGGCCGCUGAGGGCCCGGCGUCCCCUCCAGCUGAUCCAGCCAGUGAGACGGCAGCCACAGGGCCCAUUCGGGUCCCUUCCCCCACCGCCAGCCAGGACCCCAACCUGAUCUACCAAGUCCUAUAGACCCUCACACACUUCUCACACUUAUUCACCUGGGACUUAAAAUCCAAACAGUAACUUAUCCAGUUAUGAAACACAGAUCGCACAAACAUGAAGUGACAGUAAUAAUCUCAUAUAUCAGGGGUGUCAAACUCAUGUUAGUUCAGUUCCACAUUCAGCUACAUUUGAUCUGAAGUGGGCCGAAUCAGUAAAAUAAUAACGUAAUAAUAUAGAAAUAA